GUUCAUGUAAACAUUUUUAAAACAGAUCAGAUUUAUGUUUGUUUUCAAAUAUGUUUAAUACGAACACAUAGAACACAUGCACAGUCAAACAUUUGCAUGAAGUCACUUAAAGAGUACCUAACUAAACAUUAGGAUUAAAAAAUCAUUUUUGAAAGGGCAUUAUGGCUUGUAUUGAUCCCCCUGGCAUUGUGGGCGGGUUCGUCACGACCGUUGGUCCGUACCUUGAUGGGUCGACGGCCGUGUACCGCUGCUAUACAGGAUAUCUGAUGUCUGGCGUGUCGUACAUCACUUGUACGAGCAGUGCAUGGAGCGCCACAUUACCCACGUGCUUUCCUCAGGACUGGAAUGACGUUGACGUCAACAACGACGGUGUUAUGAAAGGGGAACCGGGGGUUGGAUGUGUCCACCCGGAGGCGGAUGUAGCGGAUGUGGAUGCUGUUGCAGAAAAGAUAGAUACGGUCCGAGACGGGUGUGUAAGACGUUUCCCCGACGUUACGAGUACGACGAAAGCGGUCGGAGGUUUCACUUGGACGACCUGGGCCGCCGGUGCUAUUACGAACACAAAAACAGAACUGUGUACAGUGUCAACGGCGUCGAGUCCUCUGCUGGGAGCACUGUAGGCGAUGCUGUAAGACCCCAAGUGCCUGCAAAGGAGGUUCUAGCAUGGAAGCCACAUGCCCAUCCCGUCCGUAACAUCAACACCAGCACCAAGUGACAGCCGGGUUGAGGUCGGGGAGAUGUCGGA